UAAUACAAAUAAACACAACAUGCUUAUCUGAAGUUAUUUUCAGAGGAAUUUACACUGGAAGCACAGUCUUUCCUGACAAAAAUGAAAGUUUAGGACUGCAUAAGCAAUUGACUGGAAAACUGGAGACUGAGAACAACUUAGCUUUUGUGACUGAUAAUUAGGAGCAUUUAAUAAAACUGGACCACAAGUGUUUUGAAGAUGGGUCACAGGUGAGAAGGCAGACAUUUGAGAAUUAAAAAAAUGACAAGUCAAGACAAAAAGGGAUUUGAACUUAAACAGUUCUUAUUGUCAUUUUCAGCAAGCCCAACUAAAAGAAACUGAUGUUGAUGCCAGGUCCAGGAAGUAUCAGUAGCUUGGUGACACCAUCAUGGUCAAUGUGACACUCAAUGGAACUUGGGACGGGGAUCAUGUUGAGUACAACUAUCUGGCUCUUCUGUUUGGGAUUCUGCUUAUCCUUAUCAUUAUUCUGGGGAACAUCCUGGUCUGCCUAAGUGUGCUGACAGAACGAUCUCUGAAAACUGCCACUAACUACUUCAUUGUCAGCCUGGCUGUCGCAGACCUCCUCCUUGCCAUAUUGGUCCUUCCAUUGUAUGUCUACUCAGAGUUUCUGGGUGGUAUAUGGACCCUAAACACCUCUAUCUGUGAUGCACUGAUGACCAUGGAUGUAAUGCUCUGCACAGCCUCCAUCCUCAACCUUGGAGCAAUCAGUGUUGAUAGGUACAUUGCAGUGGUAGUUCCUCUGAAGUACAACAGGAAUCAAUUCAGCAUGCAACAGCUGGUCCUAAUCACGGCAACCUGGGUCCUAUCUUUUGGGGUAGCCAGCCCAGUUAUCUUCGGCUUGAACCGUGUCCCCCAAAGGAAUCCUCACAUCUGCAAGCUGGAGGAUGACAACUUUGUGGUCUACUCCUCUGUGUGUUCCUUCUUUGUGCCUUGUCCAAUCAUGCUGCUGCUCUAUUAUUGGAUGUUCCGUGGACUGAAGAGGUGGAGUGCCAGUCGCAAGUCAAACCUAAUGCAUGAGGAGCGGAAGUUCUCCCUUAGCCUGAAGGGCCUGAGCAGGGAGAGGAGGGAGAAGGUGAAGUACCUGAUGCCCAACCUCAGCCCCACCACGGCCAAUCAGACAACCUUGCCUGAGAAUGACUUGAUCACAACCCAACGGGACAGCACAUCUGAGGCAGAGGCUCAGGAACAGAUGAAAGAAGCUAGUCCCAAAGAGAAUGGAUUCAAACAAAACCACUGUUCCAGCAAGGGGUCUCAAAGUAAGAGCCAUAGAGUGAGUGGCAGGGAGCGUAAGGCCAUGAAGGUCCUGCCCAUCGUUGUAGGUGUGUUUCUGGCGUGCUGGACACCAUUCUUUGUGGUCCAUGUGACCAAGGUUCUUUGUCAAUCCUGUGAUAUUGGGCCCAUGUUGAUAAGUGUGGUAACGUGGCUGGGUUAUGUGAACAGUGCAGUGAAUCCCAUUAUCUAUACAGCCUUCAACACUGAAUUCAGGAAUGUCUUUCAGAAACUGUUAUGCUGUCAGACAUGAAG